GACCUCCCUGGGACGUAGCCCGCCGAUCAUGGCCACGCCCCAGGGGGCCGGUCCCGCCACUUGGCGCUUGGCGGCCGCAGCCUGCUGGCGAGUGGUGCGCGGACGCUGCGUGGAGCAUUUCCCGCGAGUCCUGCAGUUUCUGCGCUCCCUGCGCGCGGCCGCCCCCGGCUUGGUUCGCUACCGGCACCACGAGCGCUUGUGUAUGGGCCUACAGGCCAAGAUGGUGGUGGAGAUGAUCCUGCAAGGCCAGCCUUGGGCUCAGGUUCUGAGUGUCCUGAAUCGCCACUUCCCAGAGUCUGCACCUGCACCGCCCGACCCGAGAGCUACAAAGCGGGAUCUGAGGAAGAUUUUGGAGGCACGGGAAACCUUUUGCCAGCACGUGAAGCAACUGUCAGAAGCCCCUGUGGAUUUGGCCUCAAAGCUGCAGGAGCUUGAACAAGAGUAUGGGGAUCCCUUUCUGGCAGCCAUGGAAAAGCUGUUUUUUGAAUACUUGUGUCAGCUAGAGAAAGCACUGCCUGCAGUAGAGGCACAGCAGCUUCAAGAUGUGCUGAGUUGGAUGCAGCCUGGAGUUUCUAUCACCUCUUCUCUUGCCUUGAGCCAGUAUGCUGCAAACAUGGGGUGGCCACUUCCAGAUCCCUUUGUUUCUGGCUCAAUGAACUUGACUGAGCCCAUGGAACAGAAUCAUCCUCAGCAAUCAAGACCAGCUCUCCACAGUCCUCUGCCAAAAGCCAAGCCCAGCCCUCAGGGACCAGCUUCAAGGAAGCAUCCCUAAUCUUUAGCUGGCCACCACUUCAAUCUGGCCCCGCUAGGCCAGCGAAAACUCCAGUCCCGAUGGACAUCUGCAACGGGCAGCUAUAAAGAGCGCCCCACGGUCAUGCUGCUGCCCUUCAGGAAUCUGGACCCACCAAGCCAAGUCAUAGCUAAACCUGAGAGCAGGGAAGAGCGUGGGAUACACACAGCAGACACAGCCUGUGUGGGCACAAGAACAGCCUUCACUGGCAAGUCAAAGAGUCCAUCUCAGGUCCUGGGGGAACGGGCACUGAAGGAGAACCCACCUGCAUCGUCAGCCUCAGAGCCAACAGAGAAUUGCUUGGAUUGCUACAUGAACCCUCUGAGACUGUCAUUAUCACCUCCCAAGGCCAAGAAGCCAGCAUGUUCUCCAUUUCUGACCACCUCAGUCAUUACCAUAGGGGACUUGGUUUUGGACUCUGAAGAGGAAGAAAAUAGCCAGAGGGAAGGAAAGGAGUCUCUGGGAAACUAUCAGAAGACAAAGUAUGAUACCCUGGUCCCCACCUUCUGUGAAUACCUCCCCACCUGUGGCUCCAGUUCCGUGCUUGCUCCUUCCUCUGACUGCACAGACAGCUCUAGACCCCUGUGAAACCACUGGAAUACCGUCUGCCCUCUGUCCACCUGUUUUCUCAGCUCUGCAGUCAGCUUAGUGGGAAUGAAGUGGAAGCUCAGCCUUGGGUUGCCUGAAUUCAUGCUAAAAGCGGUGUAAUGCUUGCUAAUUAAAUUUUGGAUUUGUCA